AUGCCAGAGGACCUUGACUUUGCCAAUGAUGUGGGACUUCUCGCCUGCCGACACAUUGACCAGCAUGAGAAGGCAAACAGGUUCACACAGGAAAGUUGGGACUCUGAAUCAACAUCCCAAAGACGAAACACCCAGCCACUCACCGUCAACAACCAGCCCAUGGAAGAGGUAUUUGAGUUCAUCUACUUGGGCAGCAAGAUGUCCGUUGAUGGAGACAGUGAGGUAGACGUCGAUGCGAAGGUGUCCAAGGCUAACAAAGUAUUUGGAAUGCUCUGGAGUGUCUGGAGGUUCAGAAAGCUGAGCCACAUCACUAAGCUACGGUUCUUCAGUGUGCUGCUUUAUGGAUGCGAGUCUUGGAAGAUGACCCAGAGGAUCUCCAAGAAAUUGGACACCUUCCAAACAAAGUUUCUGAGGCGGAUUGAAGGUGUAUAUUGGCCAAACACCAUCAGUAAUAUGGACUUGUUGGAAAGGACUGAGCAGACAAGACUUUCAGAAGUUGUUAGAGAGGAGAUGGCGCUGGUUAGGACAUGUGCUAAAAAUGCCCUCCCCAGAAUGGCCCUUACCUGGAAGCCCCAAGGAAAGAGGAGACGAGGACGACCCAAGAAGACCUGGAGACGUUCAUCAGAAAACGAGCUUCGAGACCUAGGCUUCACCUGGGCGACUGCAAAACAGAGGACUCUAGCGACAGCCCCAUGUGCUAGCCAGGGUGCUAAGGGUUCUAAGUAG